UCAGACAUACCAGGCGUCUGCUUCGUCAGAGCACCUUUGGGCGGGGCCAAAGUCGUGCGCUGCGAGGUGGCCGACGCCUUGAGUUGCACGAUGGUGACCGGUGCCGAGGAGCUGGUGAGCCGGGUCAUCAGACUCCGAGCCGAAAGCGACCUCCACUUCCCUCUGACUUUGGCGUUGUCUUUCCGUGCACGUUACCGUGGCAGCUACAGAACCAUCAAUGUCAAGGUGGUGGAUGGCGAGGGCCGGGUCAGCUACCUCGUACCUGCAACGACAGAGGGCACGUACGGUGGGAAGAGGGGUUCCUUUGCAGAGGUUAAGGUGUACUCCCUAGGCUUGUUCGCUGUGAUUUCCUGUCUCAAACAGGAACAUUUUACAGUUCCGAGACGAGGCUUGUCAUACAAACUUCCUGUGGACCCUCGUGUCUGCCUCAAUUACCUACCAGGGUCCUUCACUGCCCCUGUACUGGUCCAGUACACGAUUCAGCCGCUCGACGCAGUUCUCCUGGCUGCCGUCAAGUCAAAAAGCGAAGCCUACCGCCGGGUGGUGUCCACCAGUCCAUUACUCUACCUCGCACAUCCGUCCUCUCAGACCCUACGAAGGCCUCUCACGGUCACCCUUCCUUGUCCACCAAAUCCUGACAAGAGGAAGGACAUACGGGAACAAGUGGAGGAAAAGGAACUCUGCCUUCCUCGACUUGCCGCCGUUCCCCCAGUGUGGGAUUGGACUUCUUACCAACGGAGGAGGAUUUUAGGUUCCUGCACACAGUCCUCUCAAGAGAACCCUGCUGAGCCUCUGAGUGUACUGGGCUCCAGGGACCAACAGUGGAGCGUUCCAGAAGAAGUCCUGAUCCGGAACCAUCAGAACGGUCUGGUGUCAUUUGAACUGACAGAGAGCUUUGACAGACUUCUCGUUGUUCGGCUUCUCUCUCCACUGCAACCUUGCCAUCUCAUCUCCCUGGCAGAAGAUCUGGUGGAGUCAGCCCGCCGCCACCAGGUCACUGUUGUCCUCUGGCGGCAUCGGGACGAUCCCCGCAGCGUCCUGGUGGCCGCUCUGCCCAGUCGGGAGCUCGGUUGGGAACUGUCUCGACUGCAGGCGAAGACCAACAGUGGUCCCAUGGAGACUUCUCCGGAGAUCUGCAUGGAGGAGGGGGACCAGCUUCUCCUCCAUCUUUGUGGAAAUGUCUCCUGUGCGGGAGCUCAGGUGAACGACAUUCUAGACCAGCGGAUCACUUUCCACUGCCAGCGCAAGAAUGAGCUGCUGCUGCAUCUGACCGAAGUGGACCCCUUUGGUAACUACAGCUCCCCUCACUACAAGGGCGCUGUCGUUUUCUACAAGGUCACCAGAGGUCAGGUGGAGCGACCAGAGGCCACGCUGGUCCAGACGGAAGUCAAAUAUCUCGGAAAGCCCGUUUGUACGCUGCCUCUGACUUUACCGAAGCGAGUUAGAACCAUCAGACGACCCGUCACGCCCAAGAUAACCCUCUGCGAGCGAAACGACUCCCUCCCAGACUCGCUGCUCCACUGGCUAUCAGGAGAACUUUCGGAAGAUGAGCUCGCCCCCUUGGCGAUUUCUCUACGUCUUCGCCGCAGCGCCGGCCAGCUGGUGAAGCUUCGGGCCGGGGACAGUUUGCCUGCGCAGGCCUUCGGCAUCUUGACCAUGUGGAGGAGGGAGCUGCCCGCUUCCCAGCUUCAGUCCAAAGUCCCCCAGUUAGCACAAUGCUUGGCUAAGAUCGGCCGACCGGAUCUCGCCAGAGAACUGCUGCUAUGACAGACAGAAGAACCCUAGCCGUUGACAUAAAGACGGCGCCUCAGAUUAUAUGCUAGCAUUAAACUACUGGAUUUGACUAAAUAUAGUUUGAUUUAACAGUUUGGACUCUACAUAGAUGUUUCUGUUAACUCGUGUCAGAUUUACACUCAACUCCAACUGGAAGUGACAAAUAAAUAAC